AUGCCCACCAUCUCGGUCGACAAGGCCGCUCUUUUCAAAGAGCUGGGCCGAGACUAUACUACGGAGGAAUUUGAUGAGCUAUGUUUCGAGUUCGGUAUUGAACUUGACGAAGAUACUACGAACUCGGACCGCCCGAUUGUCGAUGGAAAACAAGAGGCGCCACAACUCAAGAUUGAGAUCCCUGCCAACCGAUAUGACUUGCUAUGUUUCGAGGGCAUCGCCCUCAUGUUGAACAUUUUCCUGGGCCGGAGCCCCUCGCCUGAGUAUAAGUUGACUCAACCGGCAAAGAUGGAACAGAUCAUCGUCAAGGAAGAUACUACGAAAAUCAGACCGUACGUGGCCGGUGCUAUUCUGCGGAACAUCAAGUUCGAUCAGGCUCGUUAUGAAUCCUUCAUUGCUCUUCAAGACAAGCUUCACCAGAACUUGGCCCGGCAACGAACCCUAGUAUCGAUCGGCACCCACGAUCUGGACACCGUGAAGGGUCCCUUCACCUAUGAGGCUCUGCCUCCCAAAGACAUCAAGUUCACCCCAUUGAACCAGACGCAGGAGAUGGAUGGCGAAGAAUUGAUGAACUUCUAUGAGAAGCACCAACAGCUGAGCAAGUACUUGCACAUCAUCCGCGAUUCUCCAGUUUACCCGGUCAUCUACGACUCCAACCGCACUGUUUGCUCCCUGCCCCCCAUCAUCAACGGCGACCACUCAAAGAUCAGCGUGAACACCACCAAUGUUUUCAUUGAAAUCACCGCCCUUGACAAGACCAAGCUGGAUAUUGUGAACAAAAUGAUGGUCACCAUGUUCUCUCAAUAUACCUUGGAGCCAUUCACCAUUGAACCCGUCGAGAUCGUCUCUGAACAUAACCAAGAGACUCGCGUCACUCCCGACAUCGCUCCCCGUACCGCUCAGGCUGAAGUUUCGUACAUCAACCAAUGCUGUGGCUUGAGCCUGAGCCCCUCCGAGAUCUGCACCCUGCUCACAAAGAUGGCCUUCCGUGCUAAGCCUUCAACCACCAAUGAAGAUAUCAUCGACGUUGAAAUCCCCCCGACUCGUGCCGAUAUUCUCCAUCAGUGCGAUAUCAUGGAGGAUGUGGCCAUUGCCUACGGUUUCAACUCACUGCCCCGCGCAUUCCCCGACAUCUCCGGUACAGUCGCCCAACCUCUCCCCAUCAACAAGCUUUCGGACAUCGUUCGUGUGGAGACUGCUAUGGCAGGUUGGUCAGAGGUCUUGCCGCUGAUUCUGUGCUCGCACGAUGAAAACUUUGGCUGGUUGAACCGCAAGGACGACGGAACCACCGCCGUCAGGCUGGCCAACCCCAAGACAACUGAGUUCCAGGUUGUCCGCACCACCUUGCUCCCUGGUCUUCUCAAGACUAUCCGGGAGAACAAGCACCACUCUGUUCCCAUGAAGAUCUUCGAGGUCAGCGAUGUUGCCUUCAAGGAUUUGUCUCUGGAGCGCAAGAGCCGUAAUGAGCGGCACUUUGCUGCUGCUUUCUACGGCAAGACCAGUGGUUUCGAGGUUGUCCACGGUCUCCUUGACCGCGUCAUGGCCAUGCUUAAGACCACCUUCGUUGGCGACGGCCAAGCCGCCUCGGGCGAGGCCCAGUACUACAUUAAGGAACUCGAUGGUGUGUACCCCUUCUCACAGAUAAAAGAAUUUGCUAACAGUUCAGACCCCACUUACCUUCCUGGCCACGCUGCUUCCAUUCACCUCCGCAUUGAUGGCAAGGACAAGGAAAUUGGUGCCUUCGGUAUCCUGCACCCAACUGUGCUGCAGAAGUAUGAGCUGAAGUACCCCACCAGUACUCUGGAGUUGAAUGUCGAAGCUUUCAUGUAA